GAGCCAGUGGUGCUGACAGAUACAAAUCUGGUUUAUCCUGCUCUGAAGUGGGACCUGGACUACCUCCAGGAAAACAUUGGCAAUGGGGACUUCUCAGUGUAUAGUGCCAGCACACACAAGUUCUUGUACUAUGAUGAGAAGAAGAUGGCCAAUUUUAAGAACUUCAAGCCUAAGUCAAGCAGGGAAGAGAUGAAGUUUGCUGAGUUUGUGGAUAGACUCAAAGAAAUUCAACAAAAAGGAAGUGCUGAGAGGCUAUAUCUGCAGCAAACCCUCAAUGACACAGUUGGAAGGAAGAUUGUGGUGGAUUUCCUUGGUUUCAACUGGAAUUGGAUUAACAAGCAGCAAGGGAAACGUGGCUGGGGUCAACUGACUUCUAACUUGCUUCUUAUUGGCAUGGAAGGGAAUGUGACACCAGCUCACUAUGAUGAGCAGCAGAACUUCUUUGCUCAGAUUAAGGGUUAUAAGAGGUGUAUCCUGUUCCCUCCUGAUCAGUUUGAAUGCCUCUACCCUUAUCCUGUGCACCAUCCCUGCGACAGACAGAGCCAGGUGGACUUUGACAAUCCCGACUAUGAGAAAUUCCCAAACUUCCGGAGCGUGGUUGGCUAUGAGACGGUGGUGGGUCCAGGGGAUGUGCUAUACAUACCUAUGUACUGGUGGCACCACAUUGAGUCUCUCCUGAAUGGCGGGAUUACCAUCACUGUGAACUUCUGGUACAAGGGUGCCCCAACCCCGAAGAGAAUUGAGUAUCCUUUAAAGGCUCAUCAGAAAGUGGCGAUAAUGAGGAACAUUGAGAAGAUGUUGGGAGAAGCCUUAGGAAAUCCACAAGAGGUGGGUCCCUUGUUGAAUAUGAUGAUUAAGGGACGGUAUGACUAAUGCCUGGCUGCCCGGGUGACUGAUGUUGGAGCUGCUUUGUUCACAAGCAAUGGAAGAUACUGAGCGCUAGUAUUGCACGCAGCACUUAACAGACUGAUGGGUUUCCUGACCUGUCCCUGCCCCAGUACAAUAAAGGGGGCUACUGGAACUGCAAAACCAUUAGUACCCCAUUCAUCCUCCAUUCUCAUUUAACGGAACUUCCCAAGAAAGAGUCUGCACUUACUGGAAGCUGGAUUCAUGCUCAGUAACUCUUUUUUUCUCCCUCUGCCCUGUUUGCCACAACAAGGAGCAUGAUUUCUGGCAUUUGGAUGUGUUACUUCAGGAUUUUCAGGCAUUUGAAGAAGAGCUUGGAGGGGAACCAGGCGUGAUCUUGUUUCCUCAGCCUCAUGGGGUUUGGACCUCCUGGCUGGGUUUAUGUGUUGGUGCCUGCGGUGGAUAUAAGAUGGGAAUUUAUAGGUUUAAAGGUCCUCUGUUGUUAGAGGACCUGUCCAUGCUCAACUCUGGCACCUUUUCGUAAAAUGGAAACAAACGAGAUAGCCUCUGUGUGAUGA